AUGUGGAGAGAAGUAGAUGUUGUGGUUAACCUAGCUGCAACUACCAAUUUUGAUGAAAGAUACGAUGUUGCACUGGGCAUUAAUACAAUGGGAGCUAAGCAUGUCUUGAACUUUGCCCAAAAAUGUGUCAAAUUGAAGGUGCUUCUCCACGUUUCAACCGCUUAUGUGUCUGGGGAGAAAGCUGGGUUGAUAUUGGAGAACACAUACAACAUGGGGGAGACACUUAAUGGGGCACAUGGAUUAGAUAUCGAUGUAGAGAAGAAAGUGACAGAAGAAAGAUUGAAUGAGCUACAAGAUGAGAAAGCUUCGGAACAGGCAAUUACUUCGGCUAUGAAGGAUUUUGGAAUCCAAAGGGCAAGGAAGUAUGGAUGGCCAAACCCCUAUGUAUUUACAAAGGCAAUGGGAGAGAUGCUCCUGGGGCACUACAAAGGAAACAUACCCCUUGUUAUCAUUCGUCCAACCAUCGUAACCAGUACUUACAAAGAGCCGUUUCCUGGUUGGGUUGAAGGGAUCAGAACCAUUGAUAGCUUGGCUGUUGGAUAUGGCAAAGGAAAACUCACAUGCUUCGUAGGUGAUCCUCAUGCUGUCGUUGAUGUGAUACCAGCUGACAUGGUGGUAAAUUCUAUGAUCGUUGCCAUGGCGGGGCAUGCAAAUCAACAUAAUGCUAUGAGCAUUUACCAAGUUGGUUCUUCAGUAGCAAACCCAAUGGUAUUUACUGAUCUUCAAGACUAUGGUCUUCGUUACUUCACCAAAACUCCAUGGAUUAAUAAGGAGGGAAAGCCAGUCAUAGUUGGCAAGGUGAAAGUGUUGAGCACCAUGGAGAGCUUCCACAGAUACAUGGCAAUUCGUUACCAGAUGCCGUUGAAGGGAUUAGAGAUAGUUAAUACAGCUCUUUGCCAAUAUUUCCGCAGCAAGUGUCUUGAUCUUCGUCGAAAGAUCAACUUUGUAUUUCGAUUGAUAGAACUUUACAGACCCUACUUGUUCUUUAAGGGCAUAUUUGAUGACAUGAACACUGAAAGAUUACGUAGAGAAGCAAUAGAGGGUGCCGUCGAGACAGAAGUGUUUUAUUUCGAUCCAAAGUGCAUUAAUUGGGAAGAUUACUUUAUGAAUAUCCACCUUCCUGGUGCGGUGCAAUACGUAUUCAAAAAAUAA